AUGGAAGAGCCGUAUGUUGAUUAUGGGGAGUUGGAGCGUGAAGAGAAGAUGGCAAGAACCCAGCUCGUCGUGGCACGUGCAAUGUGGGAAGAGUCUUCGCGAAAGAUGACCCAGGCAACCAAGCGUAUAGAACAACUAGAGGAGACCUUGAAGUCUUUGCAAGAUCGCCGUGGAACCCUCUUCCCACAAAAUACUUGUUCGGAUCUCCAGAACGGAGAGGUUGGGACUCCCGGUGAAGCUAGUGGAGAGCCCACAAAUCUUUACUUGGGCAAGAACUUGCAGCAAGCUACGGAGUGGAUCGUUGGUCGCGAGGGCCCGACUAUGGAACAGGUUGAAAAAGAUCCUUCUUUCUGGCUGAAUCUUGAUGUGUUUCACGCAAAUGAGGUGUUGAGCAGAUCUACGAAUGUCUGUCCAUGA